AUGAUGGACGAGGAAAUGACUGUGUCACGCUUUUCUCAACUUUCCUCAUUUGCCUUUUUCCUGAAAUCCAGUUCCUCAAUUUCAGCAAUCAACAUGUUGCGGGACAAGGCACCAGGUACUUUCGUUGUGCGCGACUCUAACAGUUUCCCUGGUGCAUUUGGACUUGCACUGAAAGUCGCCACUCCACCACCAGGUGUCGCCCCAGGUGACGGUACAGAACUCGUUCGGCACUUCCUAAUCGAACCAUCACCAAAGGGUGUGAAGCUGAAAGGCUGUAAUAACGAGCCAGUGUUCGGAUCGCUGUCAGCUCUCGUUUAUCAGCAUUCGAUUACUCCGCUAGCAUUACCAGCCAAGUUGCUUUUACCUGAGUAUGAUCCAGCUACAACACCUGAACACGUAUCAGCCACCCAGGCACUUCUGGAACAGGGAGCAGCUUGCAACGUUGCCUACAUAGGAAGUGUAGAUUGUGAAUCGUUGACGGGCAACGAAUGUGUCCGCCGUGCAGUUACAAUUACUGUAGAAGAUGCUCAAAGAAAUGUUACUCGGCCGGUCUCCGUACAUUUCAAGGUCUCAUCGCAAGGAGUUACGCUCACAGACAACACGAGAAAAGUCUUUUUCCGUCGACACUUCCCAGUGAACUCGGUGAUUUUCGCUGGUAUGGAUCCGGCAGACAGAAAAUUCGAUAACUACUGUGUGAUUGGAUAUCACGAUGCUUGUAUGAGGUCUGCUCGAUUGUUUGCAAUUGUCUCGCGGAAGCCGUCAUCAACGGAAAAUGCUUGUCACGUGUUUGCUGAAUUCGAGCCAGAACAACCAGCGACAGCCGUUGUGAAUUUCAUCAAUAAAGUCUUAUUCGCUAAUAGGCGGUCAUGA